AUGGCUGCUGUUGGAGACUCCAAAGGUGUCAUUGGCAAGACUGACUCUGAGGAUCGUCGUUUUGACAGUGGUGAUGAGACUGCCAAUUCCUCGCUUGAGCACCCUUUCUCGGAUCCAGAGGUCGCGGAUCGUUGGAGAAAAGUAUAUGAGAAUGCACAGUAUGAGAAUCGACAUCGGUUUGAUCCAAGUUUCACUUGGACUGCUCAAGAGGAGAAGAAGCUUGUGAGAAAGUUGCCCGAAGUAGGCAUGAACACUAACGAUUUCAACUACGGCCAAACUAUCUUCCUUGUGUCCUUCCUCUCAGCUGAACUCCCCAGUGGCUUGAUUAGCAAGAAACUCGGUGCUGAUAGAUGGAUCCCUUUCCUCAUCUGCAGUUGGUCACUUGUUGCGGGAUCUCAGGCUGCGCUGCAUAGUAGGGGCGCUUACUUCGCUAUCAAGGCUCUUCUGGGUCUUCUGAUGGGUGGAUUCAUUCCUGAUAUUGUUCUUUGGCUUACUUACUUCUACAAGUCCAAUGAACUUCCCAUCAGAUUGGCUUUCUUCUGGACUGCCCUGAGUACCAGCAACAUUUUGGGGUCACUUCUUGCCGCUGGUAUUCUCCAGAUGCGAGGCGUCCUCGGUUGGGGCGGCUGGCGAUGGCUAUUCCUCCUUGAAGCUAUUGGCACUUUCAUCAUCGGUCUCUUCUCUUGGGUCCUCAUGCCUCCCGGUCCCUGCCAAACAAAGAGUUGGUUCCGUGGCAAGGAUGGCUGGUUCAAUGAACGUGAAGAGUACAUCAUGGUGAACCGACUUCUUCGUGAUGAUCCUAGCAAGGGUGAUAUGAACAACAGAGAAGCUGUCAAUCUUCCCAAGCUCUGGAAAGCCGUCAAGGACUGGGAGCAGUGGCCGCUGUACAUCAUCGGUCUCAUGGUUUACAUCCCUCCCGCGCCCUUCAACACCUAUCUCUCUUUCAUUCUGCGCCAAAUCGGCUUCUCCGUCUUCGAAGCCAAUCUUCUCGCUAUUCCAUCUCAGUUCCUCUACGCUGUCAACCUACUCAUCAUCACCUGGCUCUCCGAGCGUGUCCAAGAACGAGGCAUGUUGUCUUCCCUCUCCAACAUCUGGAUCUUCCCAUGGGUUCUCGCCCUCGUCGUUCUUCCUGGCGAUAUCUCCCCCUGGGUUCGAUACGCUCUCAUCACAGGUCUUCUGAGUUACCCGUACUGCCAUGCUAUUCUCGUUGGAUGGAACGCCAAGAACAGUAACAGUGUACGCACAAGAGCUAUCAGCGCCGCUCUGUACAAUAUGUUCGUUCAGACUGGUAACAUUGCUGCGUCUAACAUCUUCCGCGAAGACGAUCAGCCCCUGUACCGCCGCGGUAACAGAGUCAUUCUUGGUAUCACGUCUGCCAAUAUCGUCUUGUUUUAUAUCGUCAAGGCGUUUUAUAUCUGGAGGAACAAGGUCCGCGAUGCUAGAUGGAAUGCUCUGACGAAGGAGCAGCAGCAGGAUUACAUUCUGAACACGACUGAUGAGGGUCAGCAGCGUUUGGACUUUAGAUUUGCUCACUAG